AUGAAUAUUCUAACAUUUUGCUAUACAUAUCGUCGUUUGAUUGGAGCUCGAAGAUCGGAUAUGGAUGAUUGUUUCACAACAAUUUAUGGUAGUUCGAUGGUCGGAUGGGAUCUGGGAAUUGACAAAUUCUCCGAAUUGCCAUUUCCGGCAAUUUUGAUUCAACCAAGACUAGUUUCAAGAUAUGCGAUCACAAUAGUCGAGGAUGCGAUGCGAGACACUUAUCCAGAUGUUCUACGAAUUGAACUUCGUGUUCGGCUGGUGAAUUCAGAUGGAUCGGGUAUUUUACCAAAUUGCACAAAAUGUAAAAAUUGA